AUGAAUAGAAACGUGGAGAAAGGAUGGCAAACUCAAAUUCGACCUAAUGAACGACAAAGUAUUGCUUUACAAAUUGCCCAAACCCUGCGGAUAAUUUCACCAUCCAUCUCAGAGGUUCAGUUGAUGAAUAUGGCACUUUCAUUCGAAAGGCAAGCAUUUGAUGGAGCCAAUAGUAAGCAUGAAUAUUUGACGACUUGCAGUAAGAAAACCGCUCAACUAAGAGACCAAAUACGUGAGCAUUUACAGGCCGCUCAAAUGAAGCAAGCACAGAAUUAUAAUAACAAUGUUAAUAUGAACACUGUUCCCCCAGUACCCACCGCAACUGCUGGAAGAAUGGCAACCAAUUCAAGAGUUCUGCCGCGUAUGCAAAACCAGACUAUGCCGAUGCAAGCUGGAAAUGCUCAGCAACAAUUUGCUGGAAAUGUCAAACUUACACCUCAGCAAAGGCAACUUCUUUAUCAGCAGAGUCAGCUACAACAACAGCAACCUCCUCAGCCGGUAAAUGAUACUAGUCAGGGUCGUACCGCUCAACCUCGUGUCCCACCAGCACUUUCUCAACAACAACUGAAUAACCUUUGUGCCCAAAUUUCUACGUUACUAGCUCGUACUGGAACUCCUCCUAUACCUUUGCAGAAACUCCAGAGUAUGCCACCUGCGAGACUUAUAUCGCUUUACCAAAAUCAAGUUCAGAAAUUCCGUUCACUUCAGCAAUUACAGCAGCAACAACAAAAACAGGCUCAGCAACAGACAAAACAACAAGGAAGUAUUCCCUUUAAUGCUGCUAAUAAUGCUGGUCAAACGUAUCCAACUAUGCCUAAUCAACAACAAACACAACCUCAGGUUUCUCAGCAGCCACGUCCUCCAAAUGUUCCAAGUAAUGCUAGCGUUAGGCAAAAUCUGGAAAUGCUGAACAUACCUGUCCCGAAACAGUUGUUUGCUCAAAUUCCAGGAUUACCAUCUAAUAUAAAAUUAUGGAGGGACGUAAUUGAACUUGGAAAGAAUCAGCGAUUAACACCUGAACAAGCAAAGGCAAUUGGGAUCCUCUAUCAGAAGCACAUGCAAGUGCUAAUACAGCAUCGACAACUAAAAAUGCAAUCCGCACGUGUAAACGCCCAAGCUUCUCAGACUCCCCAAGCUCCUGAAAAAUUUGGUAAUGUUCCUGUUGAUCCGGGUGUACCACCUUCUACAUCUCAACAGGCUUAUGCACAGCAGAUGAGGAAUGCUAAUGUCACAAACCAAGCGAUAAAACCUCAGAGCGGUAAUGUACCGGUGAAUGUCGAAACUGCUCCUAACCCUGCGAAAGCGAAUUAUCAAAGUUAUGCUCCUACUAAGGCACGUGCGACUAGCCAGUCGCUGAAGUCAAAUGUAUCGCCUAUUGAUGUCCCUAACGUUGGUGCUUCAAAUGCUGAGGUAAACCCAGCAUUUAAUGCUUCUGUUAGUCCUCCAUCUUAUCCUUUAAAAUCUUUCGAUGUCACGAGCGCUCCUCAGGUAGCUGGUCAACCUACAGAAAAGCCUUUUACAAAUCCAUCUACUUCCGGAAAUGUUAGCGCCUAUAUAGUACAACAGCUUUUAGAAUCUGGAGGAACUAUGGGACAGCAAAAAAUGACAGUUCGGAUUCGUGAAUUAACAGAAAGAGUAAUGCAUUCUAUGAUUAGACCUAUUCCGCUAGAACUUCCGCAUGACCAAAAAGUUAUAAUUGCUGAACUUGUGAAAUCUGCAUAUCCAAUGUUCAGUAGGACAAAUCAAUUGAUAUACUUGUUUUACUGUCUUACUGCUAACGAAGAAGCAACUAUUCAAUUAAUACAAAUGCGCCAUAUUUUUAAAUUACAGUUAGAAGGUCUUCAACAAGGUGUCUUCACCAGUACACCUCAAAUGAUGGCAAAGAUAAAGGAAAAAACGAGCCGUUACUUCGCAUACGUGAGGACUCAAUUAAUCAGGUUGCAUCAUGAAGUUAAGGUAAAUGGUCAAAGUUUACCUGCUGCUUUGGCUCAAAUUUCAACGACAAUGAGAGCCUCUUCUGCUCAACAGCAGCAGCAGCAGCAGCAGCAACAGCAACAGCAACAACAACAACAACAACAACAAAGGAAUCAAAAGCAACAACAAGCUCAGCAAGUCCCUCUACAAUAUCAGCGUGCUGCUCCCAUGCAGCCCCAAAACGAAGUCAUGAAUAAAGCUCAGGCCUCUUUGCCAUCUCAGAUACGAAACGCACCGAAACCUACUAAUGAAUCUAACUUGGAUGAACACCAGGCUAGUCUUAAUGUUUUGACUAAAGCUCAACAAGAAGCGCAAUUAAAAGAGAAAGCAAUAUCUGAAGUAAUGAAGCAUAGUCUUAGACCUGAAGACCUUAAGCUACCUAUAAGCAAGAGGAAGAAGUUUGAUAAUGCUUCACCGCCGAUUAUAAGCCCCUCGGUACAAAAGCCUUCAUUUGGAGCACCUUCUGAAGGGAAUGUCAUGGCUGUAGAAGAGACUCCUGUUUCAAGUUCGUUGGUGAGUGAUGGGUUCAAUGAUACCUCGGCAAAAGACGCCGGGUCGUAUAAAUCCCGAGAAGAAGCUACUGCAAAUCCGCUUAAAUAUGCUAUUGACGCAUUUGUAACUCUUGAUCAUGAAGAUGAAAUUUCGGCUGUGAAGAGCGGUCUAACACCGACUUCAGUACUAAAAACCCCUCAGUCAUUUUUCAUUCCUUCAUCAACGCCCGAUCCCAAUGCGGGUAAAAGUUCUUUGAGUCCAGCUAAUAUCUUAACUCUGGAAGGCAAGUUUGCUUAUGAUGAUGAUGCCGAAUUAUGGGCCGACGGUGUUCAGGAAAGUACUGCGAUGAAUGAAGCGGCGAAAGCUACUGAUCGCAGAAUUGAUAUGGAUGUUAAAGAUGAGUCAAUGGAUACAGAUCGGGUUUAUAAAGCCCCAGAAGGAGAUACUUUCGUUAGCUUAAUGGAUAAUGAAAAUGACCCGUGGAAUGAUUUUAUUCGAGAGAGACAACUGACAGCUAAGCGGAAGGAAACAGGAGAGGAUGUAAAUGAAUUCAACUCUAUGAAUCCUUCGAUUAUAUGGCAGGUUGUUAUAUAA